CUAUGCCUCCUCCUGGACUCAACUACAAAAACAUGGCUGCCGCCUUCUGGAAACAGCGCCACACUCGUCCACAGGAUGUGUCUGGUAUUACAGCUCAGGUCCAUUGAAUUGGAAGUGAAGAGGCGCAGCACAGUUUUUGACUGCAAGCAGCCAUGUUUUUCUAGUCCUGGACAACCCCUUUAAGUCCCGCCCUCAUCAUCAUUUCAUGAAACCAUGAUGAUCACCAUCCUGCAUUGUGUUCCAGCUCUGCUUGCUGGCAGCAAAUGAGAACCUUUACAGGCCUCAUGCUUCUCAGAGCUGAGGGUUUGCUACAAUUGCAUCUAGUCAGUAAAUCGGCAGCACAAGAGGUGACGGCAUGGAAACCUGUCCAUCAAGCGUAACCCUUAAUUGCACACACCCUAUGUUUUUAAGAGCCACCCCUUUAAAUAGGCCACACCCCAUUAAUUUUUUUUUUUUAUAUUCAAAUUAGCCCGCACCUGCAGGAUUGUGGGAAAUAGAAGAGUCCACAGGCGGUCAGCUCAGUAUGAAAGUGCGUACAUGUCCCUGCAGCCCUCUAUACACGGGCAGGGCGGUGUGUACACGGCAUACUCUGCCGGUGCUGUUACCUGGGAACAUGAGCUGUUUUUGGGAGUUGCCCAUUAUGCUGUAUCCUCCCUGCCCCACAGCUACAUAGGUGAUGUCAGCCGCCUACUCCAGGGUCACCUACCUCUGCACACAGCCUCACCACACCGCGGUCAGCAGCCCCAUCCGCUGCCACUCGUACGACCAUUGAUGACAUGGAGCUGAAAGAAGAAUGGCAAGAUGAAGAGUUCCCAAGGCCCUUUCCAGAGGAGGCUGCGGCAGAAGAAGACAUGGAUUCUAAAGAAGAUGACCCAUCAGCCUGUCCUCCCAGUACGCUGGAGCUGUGCGGUAACCGCCAUAUAAAGAAACGAUUACCCGCCCCUGAUAUCAGCCUAAACCUGGAAAACAGCCAGGAGUCUGCCAUCUCCAGCGACAACCGCGACCUGACAACUGACGAAGAUUUAGAUUUUGACAUUGACGACCUGGAGACUCCGAACAGCAGCGAGUUACUCGACCUGAGCCAUGAGUUUGAGUGGGAAGAUGAUCUCCCCAAGCCUAAAGGGACGGAAAACGUCCAAUAUGUGGACAACCGCGUGACGGACAUGGAAGAUCAGAACGGCCGCAAGUGGAGGAUAUUUCUGAUGGGAGAACACAAGGUGGACAUGACGGCCAUCGAGCCGUACAAGAAAGUCGUCUCUCCGGGAGGUCACCAUGGCGAUGGGUUGAACGCUAUUAUUACGUUCGCCUCCUGUUAUCUACCAGAGAGUAAUAUUUCGGAUUACCAGUACAUCAUGGACAAUCUCUUCAGGUAUAUAAUAGGAACCUUAGACCUUCUGGUGGCCGAGGACUACAUGAUGAUCUAUCUGAACGGAUGUACCCCACGCAAUAAAAUCCCCCCCAUCAACUGGAUCAAGCGCUGUUACCAGGCCACGGGAAGACGGUUAAAGAAAAAUCUGAAAUCUGUCCUUAUUGUGCACCCGACGUGGUAUUUGAAAGCCUUGCUGGUCAUCACGAGGCCUUUUAUCAGUUCCAAAUUUGGAAGAAAGGUGAAAUUUGUCAACAGCCUGGCGGACCUGGAGCGGCUCGUUUCGCUAGAGAAGGUUCACAUACCGGACUGUAUUCAAGAGUUGGACAAUUCCUUAAAGCGAUAGCUCCUGUGAAUUCUUUUGCACUGAAUUGCACUCCUAGUGGGAGGUCUGCUGCAAUAAACACCAGCGACAACUCAUUGGACAGGCUGUAACAUUGAGCCGGGGACCUCCAUACUCACACAGGAAACCUCGCUAGAAGAGCGUUUCUCGAAGAACGCCAUUCUGCACAUGAAAAGAAAAGGGGACAUAGUGUAUUAUCUGCUGUUCCAACAGAACGGCGCCACCUGGUGACCAAAUUCUCAGGAAAAGUUAUACCAUGAACAAAAAUUUGGGGGCGUUCCUUAUGGUGACCCAUACGGUGCGCCUUGGUAAUAUUUAUAUCAAUAAAGUUUUUCGAACACUAACAAGAAUUCUAGAUGUAUUAAAAAAAAAAAAGUUCAGUGCUUUGUGUUCUCUUCAAUAAACUUUAUUGAUCUAA